AUGUUUAUUCGUAUUUGUUUUCUUGCUAUUAUUAUUAGCUGUAUUCAAGCGCAAAUUGAACUUACUUUACCAGCAUUACCUUAUGCAUAUGAUGCGCUUGAACCAGUUCUUUCCGAACAUUUAAUGCAAUUACAUCAUGAUAAACAUCUUCAAACAUAUACAACUGGAGCUAAUAAACUACUUAAAAGAAUGUAUGAUGAUGAAAACAGUAGUAAUGAAUUAAAAGGAUUAACUAAUCAAUCAAUUGAAUUCAUUCUUUCUCAUAUUCAAUAUUUACCUGAAAUAUAUCAAGUCGGAUUGAAACAAUAUGGUGGUGGUUAUCUUAAUCAUAAACUUUUCUUUUCAACGUUACAAAAACCAACUGCUACAGCUGAUGAAAAUAAACCAACUGGUCCAUUACUGAAAGCAAUUGAAAAAGCUUUUGAUUCAUUUGAUAAAUUUAAACAAAUAUUUACUGAUGUAUCACUUGAAGUUUUUGGUUCGGGAUGGGUUUGGCUUUAUAUUGAUGCUUAUACUAAAGAACUUAAUUAUAGUUUUGCAUCUAAUCAAGAGAAUCCAAUUAUGUUCAAUAAAAAUCAUAUUACUCUUUUGGGUAUUGAUCUUUGGGAACAUGCUUAUUAUCCAGUUUAUGAAAAUCGUCGUAGUGAAUAUGUUGAUAACUUUUGGCGUAUUAUCAAUUGGCCUUUUGUUUCUCAGCUUUAUACUGAAGGCGUUGCUAAACAGACUGACGACAUUGAUAAAGAAACUGACGGCAUUGUUAAACAUACUGGAGGCUGUCCUAUGCAUGCUGGUAUCUAA